AUGCGAGGCGUCUUCCUGCAGUUGGGAGCCCAGGAUGGGCCCAGGCGGGUGGGCGGCGGCGGGCAGCUUCUGACCGGCCCGUGUGGCGCAGGCUCGCUGGGCGUGGACGGCGUGCUGGGCCGGGUGCCGCAGAGCGUGGUGGACGAGGAGGACGGCGGCCUGCAGAGCAGCCUGGAGCGGUCGCUGGAGCUGCGCGGCCUGGCCCGCGUGGCCGACAACGCCCAGCAGCAGUACCUGCGCUCGCGGCCCGCGCCCGCGCCCGAGUCCAUCAAGAGGGCCAAGGAGCUGGACCUGGCAGGGCUGGGCCUGCACCCCCUCUUCAGCUCACGCUUCCGGGAGGACGAGCUGCAGCGGCUGAAGCUGGUGGACCGCAUCCGCAGCUACCGCUCGCGCGCGACCAUCUUUGAGAUCAACGCCUCCAGCCGGGACCUGAGCAGCCAGGUGAUGCGCGCCAAGCGGCAGAGGGACCGCAAGGCCAUCACCAGGUUCCAGCAGGGGCGACAGGAGGGGCCGGUGGGCCCAGCCCCAAGCCGUCCGGCACCGCAGGAGGAGCAGCCGGAGGAGGAGGGGGAGGAAGGAGAGAAUGUGGAGGACGUCUUCGCAGAGGUCUUGGGCAGGAAGCGGCAGCAGCCGGGACCCAGCAGGAGAGCCAAGAGGCGGAGGGAGGAGGCCCAGCAGCGGGACCAGGAGUUCUACGUCCCCUACCGGCCCAAGGACUUCGACAGCGAGCGGGGCCUGAGCAUUGGUGGUGAUGGGGGCACCUUCGAGCAGCAGGUGGCCGGGGCCGUCCUGGACCUCAUGGGGGACGAAGCACAGAACCUGACCAGGGGCCGGCAGCAGCUCAAGUGGGACCGGAAGAAGAAGCGGUUCGUGGGACAGUCAGGACAGGAGGACAAGAAGAAGAUCAAGACCGAGAGCGGCCGCUACAUCAGCAGCUCAUACAAGCGUGACCUCUACCAAAAGUGGAAACAGAAACAGAAAAUUGAUGACCGUGACUCGGAGGAGGAAGGGGCAUCUGAUCGGAGAGGCCCAGAGCGAAGAGGCGGGAAGCGAGGCCGCGGCCAAGGUGCGUCCCAGCCCCGCACCCCCGGCACCCCUGCAGGCCGCGUGCGCUCAGAGCUCAAGACCAAACAGCAGAUCCUGAAGCAGCGGCGAAGGACGCAGAAGCUGCGCUUCCUGCAGCGCGGGGGCCUCAAGCAGCUCUCGGCCCGCAACCGGCGCCGCGCGCAGGAGCUGCGGCAGGGCGCCUUCGGCCGGGGCGCCCCCUCCAAGAAGGGCAAGAUGAGGAAGAGGAUGUGAGGGCCAGGACCCAGCUCUGCAGCACCUUGCUCGGCCAUCGGGGGGACAGCAGCAGACGCUUCCCGCACGCUGCUGCGUGCCGGGCACCAGGGCCGCUCCCGGCAGGAGCCCUCGUCCGUCCGUGAGAAGGAGUGCCGGAUGGCCCCAGAAGGGCAGCGGCUGCCUAGGACAGAGACAGUGGAGCGGGGUCGUGAAGGGUGUGUAGGAGUUCACCAACAAAGCCAGGCAGGCCCAGACCUGAGCUGGCAACUCAGCUGCUGCUGCUUCCACGUGCUCUGGGUUCAGAGGUCGCGGCUGCACCGGCCUGAGCGCCGCGGGUCCAGGGAUGGAGUUGUUAAUGGAAUAAAUCUUCACUGAGCACU